AGGCCGCUUGUUUAUUAUAUCCACUAAAGCAGGUUCCCUCGGAAUUAAUCUCGUGGCUGCGAAUAGAGUCAUCAUCUUCGAUGCUUCUUGGAACCCGUCGUAUGACAUCCAGAGUAUUUUCAGGGUUUACCGCUUUGGGCAGAGCAAACCUGUGUUUGUGUACAGGUUUUUGGCUCAGGGGACGAUGGAAGAUAAGAUCUAUGACCGACAGGUAACAAAGCAGUCCUUGUCUUUUCGGGUUGUCGACCAGCAGCAAGUUGAACGUCAUUUUACCAUGAAUGAACUGACAGAGCUGUACACGUUUGAGCCAGAUUUGCUGGAUGAUCCUAAUUCAGAAAAGAAAAAGAAGAGAGAUACGCCAAUGCUGCCAAAAGAUACGAUUCUGGCAGAGUUGCUUCAAAUCAAUAAAGAGUACAUCGUUGGGUAUCAUGAACAUGACUCACUCCUGGACCAUAAGGAGGAAGAGGAACUCACUGAAGAAGAAAGGAAGGCAGCGUGGGCAGAAUAUGAAGCAGAGAAGAAGGGUUUGACUAUGCGUUUCAACAUGCCAACUGGGACCAAUAUGCUUCCCACAAAUUUCAACUCGCAAACACCUUAUAUCCCUUUCAAUUUGGGUGCUCUGUCAGCAAUGAGUAAUCAACAGCUGGAGGACCUUAUUAAUCAAGGAAGAGAAAAAGUUGUGGAAGCAACCAACAGUGUAACUGCAGCAAGAAUUCAGCCCCUUGAAGACAUCAUUUCAACGAUAUGGAAAGAAAAUUUAACGCUCACAGAGAGCCAAGUCCAGGCCCUGGCACUCAGCAGGCAGGCAAGCCAGGAGCUUGAUGUCAAGCGCCGAGAAGCCAUCUACAAUGAUGUCCUUACUAAGCAACAGAUGUUGAUCGGUUGUGUCCAGAGGAUCCUGAUGAACAGAAGGCUCCAGCAGCAGUACAAUCAGCAGCAGCAGCAGCAGCAGAUGUCGUACCAGCAAGCAGCAAUGAGUCAUCUCAUGAUGCCAAAGCCUCCAAAUUUAAUCAUGAAUCCUUCCAACUACCAACAGAUAGAUAUGAGAGGAAUGUAUCAGUCAGUGUCCGGUGGUAUGCAGCCGCCACCAUUACAACGAGCACCACCCCCAAUGAGAGGCAAAAAUCCAGGGCCUUCCCAAGGGAAAUCAAUGUGAUUUUGCACUAAAAGCCUAAAGGAUUGUUAAAAUCAGAGAAAGAACUUUUUAUUUUUUUAGGAAUCAAUGGCUUAACAGAACUCAACUGUAAAAAAA